GCGCGAGCCGCGGGCGAGGCGGGGCCGCGCGCGGGGUCCCCUCCUCCUCCCGCAGGUCCCCUCCCGCAAGUCCCCGCCGGAGCGCCCCGCGCAGCCUGCGCCGCCCGAUCCCCGCCUCCAGCCCGGCCCGGGACGCCGCGGCUGUGGGCUCGGCCCGCUGAGGACAAGGUCAGGAGCCCGAGAGGCGAUGCCCGCGUGCGACUGGACGGAGCCCAGCGGAGGCGGGCGCGGCUGGGAUCUGUCCCUCCUGACCCGGGAGCGGGACUGGGGCGGCCGCCGGUGAAGAGGAGCAGAAGCGGCGGCGGCGGCGGCGGCGGGGGCACGGUUUUCCCCGGCCGGAUUUCCCCGUAGGCGCAUCCCCGUCCGCGCCCGCAAGCACAGCCCGGCCGGGCAGGGGCGCUGGGCAAGAUGGAGCCGGGGGGCCCGGCCCUCGCUGGCCCCCCGCAGCCGCCCGCCCCGGGGCUCUGUAGGGCUCGGUCGGCCGGCAGCGGCGGGGGCGCCUCCUUCUGGCUGCUGGACGGGAACAACUGGCUCCUUUGCUAUGGCUUCCUCUACCUGGCGCUCUACGCGCAGGUGUCCCAGUCCAAGCCGUGCGAGAGGACCGGCUCCUGCUUCUCCGGCCGCUGUAUCAACUCCACCUGCCUCUGCGACCCGGGCUGGGUGGGGGACCAGUGCCAGCACUGCCAGGGCAGGUUCAAGUUAACAGAACCUUCUGGAUAUUUAACAGAUGGUCCAAUUAACUAUAAGUAUAAAACUAAAUGUACAUGGCUAAUCGAAGGCUAUCCAAAUGCAGUGUUAAGAUUAAGAUUCAAUCAUUUUGCUACAGAAUGUAGUUGGGAUCAUAUGUAUGUUUACGAUGGAGACUCAAUAUACGCACCUUUAAUAGCGGUACUUAGUGGUUUGAUUGUUCCUGAGAUAAGGGGGAAUGAAACUGUGCCUGAAGUGGUCACAACAUCUGGCUAUGCACUCUUACAUUUUUUUAGUGAUGCUGCGUAUAAUCUAACUGGUUUCAACAUUUUUUACUCAAUCAAUUCUUGUCCUAACAAUUGCUCUGGUCAUGGGAAGUGCACAACUAGUAUCUCUGUUCCCAGUCAAGUGUAUUGUGAAUGUGAUAAGUACUGGAAGGGCGAAGCUUGUGAUAUUCCUUACUGUAAAGCCAACUGCGGCAGCCCAGAUCACGGCUACUGUGACCUAACAGGAGAAAAGCUGUGUGUCUGCAAUGACAGUUGGCAAGGUCCGGAUUGUUCUCUGAAUGUUCCUUCCACUGAGUCUUACUGGAUUCUGCCAAAUGUUAAACCCUUCAGUCCUUCUGUAGGUCGGGCUUCCCAUAAAGCAGUCUUACAUGGGAAAUUUAUGUGGGUGAUUGGUGGAUAUACUUUUAACUACAGUUCUUUUCAAAUGGUCCUGAAUUACAAUUUAGAAAACAGCAUUUGGAAUGUAGGAACUCUCUCAAGGGGACCUCUCCAGAGAUACGGACAUUCUCUUGCUUUAUAUCAGGAAAACAUCUUUAUGUAUGGAGGCAGAAUUGAAACAAAUGAUGGCAAUGUUACAGAUGAAUUAUGGGUUUUUAACAUACAUAGUCAGUCAUGGAGUACGAAAACCCCUACGGUUCUUGGACAUGGUCAGCAGUACGCUGUGGAGGGACAUACAGCACAUAUUAUGGAGUUGGACAGUAGAGAUGUUGUCAUGAUCAUAAUAUUUGGAUAUUCUGCAAUAUAUGGCUAUACAAGCAGCAUACAGGAAUACCACAUCUCAUCAAACACUUGGCUUGUUCCAGAAACUAAAGGAGCUAUUGUCCAAGGCGGAUAUGGUCAUACCAGUGUGUAUGACGAAAUAACAAAGUCCAUUUAUGUUCAUGGAGGCUAUAAAGCACUGCCAGGCAACAAAUACGGAUUGGUUGAUGAUCUUUAUAAGUACGAAGUUAACACUAAGACUUGGACUAUUUUGAAAGAAAGUGGGUUUGCCAGAUACCUUCAUUCAGCUGUUCUUAUCAAUGGAGCUAUGCUUAUUUUUGGAGGAAAUACCCAUAAUGACACUUCCUUGAGUAACGGUGCAAAAUGUUUUUCUGCCGAUUUCCUGGCAUAUGACAUAGCUUGUGAUGAAUGGAAAAUAUUACCAAAACCAAAUCUUCAUAGAGAUGUCAACAGAUUUGGCCACUCUGCAGUUGUCAUUAAUGGGUCCAUGUAUAUAUUUGGAGGAUUUUCUAGUGUUCUCCUUAAUGAUAUCCUUGUGUACAAGCCUCCGAAUUGCAAGGCUUUCAGAGAUGAAGAACUUUGUAAAAAUGCUGGUCCAGGAAUCAAAUGUAUUUGGAAUAAAAAUUACUGUGAAUCUUGGGAAUCUGGGAAUACGAAUAAUAUUCUUAGAGCAAAGUGCCCUCGUAAAACAGCUGCCGCUGAUGACAGAUGUUACAGAUAUGCAGAUUGUGCCAGCUGUACUGCCAAUACAAAUGGGUGCCAAUGGUGUGAUGACAAGAAAUGCAUUUCAGCAAAUAGCAACUGCAGUAUGUCUGUGAAGAACUACACCAAAUGUCAUGUGAGAAAUGAGCAGAUUUGUAACAAACUUACCAGCUGUAAAAGCUGUUCACUAAACUUGAAUUGCCAGUGGGAUCAGAGACAACAAGAAUGCCAGGCUUUACCAGCUCAUCUUUGUGGAGAAGGAUGGAAUCAUAUUGGGGAUGCUUGUCUUAGAAUCAAUUCCAGUAGAGAAAGCUAUGACAAUGCAAAGCUUUAUUGCUACAAUCUUAGUGGAAAUCUUGCUUCAUUAACAACCUCAAAAGAAGUAGAAUUUGUUCUGGAUGAAAUACAGAAGUAUACACAACAGAAAGUAUCACCUUGGGUAGGCUUGCGCAAGAUCAAUAUAUCCUACUGGGGAUGGGAAGACAUGUCUCCAUUUACAAACACAACACUCCAGUGGCUUCCUGGUGAACCAAAUGAUUCUGGGUUCUGUGCUUAUCUAGAAAGGGCUGCAGUGGCAGGCUUGAAAGCUAAUCCUUGUACAUCUAUGGCAGAUGGCCUUGUCUGUGAGAAACCUGUUGUCAGUCCAAAUCAAAACGCAAGGCCCUGCAAAAAGCCAUGCUCUCUAAGGACGUCGUGUUCCAACUGCACCAGCAACGGCAUGGAGUGCAUGUGGUGCAGCAGCACGAAGCGCUGCGUCGACUCGAACGCCUACAUCAUCUCUUUUCCGUACGGACAGUGUCUGGAGUGGCAGACUGCAACCUGCUCUCCUCAGAAUUGUUCUGGAUUGCGAACCUGUGGACAAUGUUUGGAGCAGCCUGGCUGUGGCUGGUGCAAUGAUCCUAGUAAUACAGGAAGAGGGCACUGCAUCGAAGGGUCUUCACGGGGGCCAAUGAAGCUUGUUGGAAUGCACAGUAAUGAGAUGGUUCUUGACCCUGGCCUUUGUCCUAAAGAAAAAAACUACGAGUGGUCCUUUAUCCAAUGUCCAGCUUGCCAGUGUAAUGGACAUAGCACUUGCAUCAAUAAUAAUGUGUGCGAACAGUGUAAAAAUCUUACCACAGGAAAGCAAUGUCAAGACUGCAUGCCAGGAUAUUAUGGAGAUCCAACCAAUGGAGGACAGUGUACAGCUUGCACAUGCAGUGGACAUGCAAAUAUUUGCCAUAUGCAUACAGGAAAAUGUUUCUGCACAACUAAAGGAAUAAAAGGUGAUCAAUGCCAACUAUGUGACUCUGAAAAUCGCUAUGUUGGUAAUCCACUUAGAGGAACAUGUUAUUACAGUCUUUUGAUUGACUAUCAGUUCACCUUCAGCUUAUUACAGGAGGACGAUCGCCACCAUACUGCCAUCAACUUCAUAGCAAACCCAGAACAGUCAAACAAAAAUUUGGAUAUUUCGAUUAAUGCAUCAAACAACUUUAAUCUCAACAUUACAUGGUCAGUUGGUUCAACAGCUGGAACAAUAUCUGGGGAGGAGACCCCUAUAGUUUCCAAGACUAAUAUAAAGGAAUACAGAGAUAGUUUUUCCUAUGAAAAAUUUAACUUUAGAAGCAAUCCCAACAUAACAUUCUAUGUGUACGUCAGCAACUUUUCCUGGCCUAUUAAAAUACAGAUUGCGUUCUCACAACACAAUACAAUCAUGGAUCUUGUGCAGUUUUUUGUCACCUUCUUCAGUUGUUUUUUGUCCUUAUUAUUGGUGGCUGCUGUGGUGUGGAAGAUCAAACAAACUUGCUGGGCUUCUCGACGGAGAGAGCAACUGCUUCGAGAACGACAGCAGAUGGCCAGCCGCCCCUUUGCUUCUGUGGACGUAGCACUGGAAGUAGGAGCCGAACAAGCAGACUUUCUGCGAGGGCCGUUAGAGGGGGCGCCCAAACCGAUAGCCAUUGAGCCAUGUGCUGGAAGCAGAGCUGCUGUGCUGACUGUGUUCCUCUGCCUGCCACGUGGGUCCUCGGGUGCCCCUCCCCCUGGACAGUCAGGCCUUGCGAUUGCCAGCGCCCUAAUAGAUAUUUCACAACAGAAGCCUUCAGAUAGUAAAGACAAGACUUCAGGAGUCCGAAAUCGAAAACAUCACCUCUCAACACGUCAAGGAACUUGUGUCUGAGCAGCAGGGACUACUGCUGGGUAUUCUGGACUUCCGUUUGCAAAUGGCUUCCGUUAAGGCUGGUUCACGGCCUCAGUUUUUAUGGAGGCAAAAAUGUAUGGUCCCAGGACCUAAGUACAGUUCCCUCCAAAUGGGCAAUGACCCACGUGGCCAAAGAAUGUUUCUGAGUUUUAUAAAAGUAACAGUAUUGAAGGUCACAGGUGGUAACGUCAGUUUUUACGUCAAUAACGUUAAGUUACUCUGGAAAAGAUGUGUGUAUUGUUUCUUAAUGCAGAUGAAAAUUAACGUAAUUGGUAUAAACCAAACUGUUUAUAUCCCAAGACUUUAAAGAAAGACAUUUUAUAAUGCCUGAAGGAUGAGAAUUAUACAGUUUUUGCCUCAUAAGCAAACUGAAGUUACUUGUAUAUGAACAGGAAAUGAACUCAUCGCAAUGGCUUUAAAUGCUGUUUUAGCCCACUGUCCAUGUAAAUGAAAAAGAUUCUGAUUUAGUAGGAUGUAGGCAAUGUAUUUAAAUAUUUUCACAUGACCACGUCGUGUCCAAACUCACUUUGAGAAUGUGACUAUUUUCCACCGAACUGGAAUGCAGGCCCAAAUGAGUCCAUUUGGAUGGAUGGUGUGUUCAAAUUCCCAGGCAGUUUAUUAGCACUCUGAGUGAAGAGGACCUUCCGAUCGUCCACGCCAACUGCCUAACGUAUUAUCAGAGCUGAUGGAGCAUGGAGAAGCCUGUCCAGCAAUCAACUUUUACCCCCCUUCCAAACAGAGCCUCCAGUACCACAAACCUGAAGAGGGCUGAAAUGGUUAUUUUACAGUGUACGAGCCUCUGCUCUAAUAUGGUCAUUUUUAAAUUGCCUAGGAGUCAUUGGAUCAGACCUAAAUGAGGCAUCUGCAUUUUGAUAAGAACGGAUCAUCUUCUUUUGGCCUUCUCCUAGCAGCUAGAUUCUAUCCACCUUUUACAAACGUUAUGAAAAGCAUUUUUUAGCGGCGACACCUCCCACGUUACAACACGACCCAGGCCCCCACCUGUCCUCUCUUUCACUGAGAAUACAAGUGGAGAAAAGCAUUUGCUAGCAAGCAUCUAGAGAAAUCUUAUUUCCAACAUGAACGCAUCAGUGUCAUCAGAGAAAGUCUCCAGUUUAAAAAAAAAAAAAAAAGUUUGUGCUUGCCCACAUUCAGCCUAUUCUUAAUGACUCAAAACUGAAUUAUGGCAGAAAGGGAAAAUGAUAUAACACAGCUAGGAAUGUAGGAUCCUUUGUGUCCUAAUUGUGACCACAGUCCAUAAUUAAUAGAUCUUGUUGGGAACUGUAAUUCCUUAACUUCAUGGUGACCACGGGGCCUAUGUAGAGAACACUGACAGAGGCAUCCAAAGCUGCUUUAUACGAUAUAGUUUUGUUCAACAUGAAAGUCACUUAAAUACAAUGGAUGUUUCGUACUGCCUAUGUACUUUUCACAUUGUUUGGAUUUCUGGAAGGUAAAUGACCCUUCACUGUUUACAGCUAAUGCGUAGUUACUGGCAUGUUAUCGUGCAGUCGUGGGACACGACCCUAUUGUGAUAUGAAAUGUUUAUUUCAUGAUGCCAUUUAUACAUAGCUUACUUUGAUGAGGAUCAAAUGUAAUAUAUAUCCGGAAUGAUCAUACAAUAUGUAGUUGCACUGUAUAUAAGAUUGCUAGGUUGCGUCUAACCAUGACUAUGUCAUUGUUUUAACACUUAAGGCAUUUAUGAAGUAUAGUAUAUAUUCCUUAUGUUGGCAUGAUAAAUUUGCUAUUUUCCACGCAUUAAAAAUAAGACUUACUUCUUAGAGUAAUUUUAUCUAUAGCCUGUGGGGCUUUUGGGGGAGGUGGGGGAAGUGGAGCUUGUUGUUUUUACUACCCCACCCCAUGAUAUUUUAUCUCUCAAAAAGUGAGCAAAGUUUGUAAAUGUCUCCUAAAUACAACCGAACAAUUUUUUUUAGCUGCUUUUUGGACCCCUUUAAAUGUUCAUUUGUUUUUCCUGGAGAUAUAAAUUGACAAAACUGUUGAUUACAAAAAUAUAACCAUUUAAAAAUAAAAUGAUUGCCCACUUUGUUUAUGAUUGUCAUGAGAGAAAGCUUAUAUAACAAAAACAUACAGCGUUGUAUGUCAAAUCCAUUUCAGCUGUAUUUUUAGAGUCUGCCCAAACAGUAUUACUGUGAAAGAAUUGUCAAGCCUCAUCCACCUGGAAUCCCAUCAGGUUCUUCAAACUUGAAAAUUUGAAUUUUAGAGUAUUAUGGGACAUAAUGCAAUGUUAAGUUAAAGUCAUACUAUACCUUCCUGGGCCAAAUAUCGCUAACUUCGUGACUAAUUAUGCAAUAUCUUCUCAACUUAUCAAAGCUUUUUACUGGCAAUAAAAUCCUUCACCCUCAGGUGAAGUGGAUUGAAAAGACCUUAGGGAUAAUCACUUUGAAUGUGUCAUGUUCUUUUUUUCCACACUUAGCAACAACUUUCAAUGUAAAUGCUUCCUUUUUGUUUUUUUAACCAGACCCCAAGUAUGCAGAUACUCUCUAAGAAGUUAGCAAGUAAAUGACUGAUUCUCUUGAAAACUUAUCUUAGUGGAAUUCUGUCCACAUCAGUUUAGAAUGACUUUGAAAAAUUCUUUAGAUUUUAGGAUUUAUUAUUCUUCCAAGUAUGAAAAGUUUUGGUUAAAUAAAAUGAAGUUUUUAAAAUUAACCUGGGGGCACUAUUUGGACACACCUAGAGAAUUCUUGUUGAAAGGCUGCACAAGCUUACUGAUUGAUUUAAUAAAUAUUAAGAGGAUUGGGAUUUUCACAAUUGCUUUUCAAUGAAAAUUUAUUUUAGUGAUUGACAUAGAAGGAAAAUGUAUGCCAGUUAUGUUACGUUCACUAGGAAACCCUCAAAGAGGACAUAUUUCCAUGUGUAAUGGAUACUUUCUGUACUUGCCAAUAUCUCAUUUUCUUUGAGCUCCAGUAAGGCAGAGUGACCACAUGGCUGGUGGGCUGCUGCAGGUCAUUUAAGUGCAGACUGGACGGGUGGACAGGCCUGAGCACAGACGUUGGAACGUUGGGACCAGCUCUGGGCUGUGUGCUGCUGGGCAAGUUUUAACCUCUGAAGCCACAGACUCUCCACCUGUGAGGGGAGGUAGCCCACUUUGCAGAAGUGUUGUGAGCCCGGAAGAGAAGAAACACGAAGCUCCCACAGCAGGCCCAUCAUGCAGUGCAGCUGGUAUUAAUUGUGGGGCCACCAGGCCAUUCUUUUUCUACCAAGUGCUUUAUGAAGCCAGCUCUUAAUUUUUCACCCAUCUUUUCACCAUAAGUGAACAAAGGUAGCUUUUUGCAAACAAAGAUUUUAUGAAAAUCUUCAAGAAGUUCCUGUAUUUCUAGGGUACAGAGAUUUCUAUAAAAAAAAAAAGGAAAAACUAUUUUGAUAUUUGAGUCAAUAGAGCAUUUAACUCUUUCAAAAUGUAUACCGUUUUAAUAGAAUAUUUUUUAAAUGACUGCUUGAUGGCAUUUAGACAGGAACAUCAAUCGCCACUUUCACAUUCGAAUUAGGCAAGAAGAGAGCAGUCCUUAUACUUGGCUAUCAUACAUGGUACCUCUUUUUUUUCAUUGAACAUAAAACUAUAAUUUGAAAACUGUUUUAUAUAAAAGGUGUUUAAAAAUUAAAACUGAUCCAAUGAACCAAAUCUACCUACAUACACUUUCUAAGAAAAAUAAACUUCCAAAGCCCAUUUGCCAUUUUAUUAGGGUGAGGGUGGAACUUAACUUGAUCAUGUGAACUGCCCGGGUUAGCACAGAUUCCUACCUUUCCUUCUACAGGUUAGGAUUCAGAAGGACUGGAUGGGACCCUGGAGAUUAAUAUGCUUAAUAAGCACCUCAGUGAUUCUUAACAAUUAGGCAAAUUAGGGACACACUGCCCUGGGUCGAAGAGCUGCUUUUAUCAAGAGAAGAAUUUCUUUAAGUAAUGAAGUUGUCACUCUAAUUCAAAAUGCUGUAAAUAAUUUUCUAAGAAAUACAACCCAUCUGCUUGGUGUUAUAGCAGUGUUUUCAUUAUAAUGUACAUGUAACAUUUUAGCUUUCUCAAAAUUUUUUUAAAUUAAGCAUUAGAACCAUAUCAGUAUAUAUGUAUAUUAGGUGUGCCUGCAAACCUGAUUUAAAAAGCAAGCAUUCUAUGCUAUCGUGUGCUAUUUAUCAGAGGUUUAAUUACUGAAUUGAAAACGGGUCUUCCAACCCUCACUGCCAAAUGCAGUUUUGUUUUCUUUUUUACCCUUCUAAGAUCAUAAAGGAAAAAGCACUCACCAGCUGAAAAAGUCUCUCUGCCAUCUAAAACUUGGUUAUAAAAUUUGUGUUAUUGAAUUCCACAUUCAAAACAUUUUCUCUUUUUCCUUCUUCACCCGAUUUUCAUUGGCUUUUUCUACAGGGCUCUUUGAAUGGUGUGCUGAACACUCUGAAUGUUUCUAUGAAUGGAAGCAACUCUCAAAGCCUGAGUGGCCGGGAUUCCGUUUAUCACUGAUAUCUCUGCCCCGCUAUGUGUCUUGUUUACACACAUUGUUCUUACGAUAAAAGUCCUCUUUCUGGGACUGGUGCAGCCAUGAGAUAGUUGAGUUUUCUAGAAAACUCGGCGUGCUCUUUGGCACACUGGGUUGAGUCCCCUGGUUUGGCAUUGUAGCGCCUGGCAUAGGUCCCCGCAGCCAAGAUUUUGUUGAGCUUUACCUUCUCCAGCCCUACUAAUGAAACUAACAUGUAUUAUUAUUUUGCUUUCCAAAUAUGAGACUACAUUAUACUUUUGGAUGAGUUUUUAGACACUGCAUGCCCGCCUCCCCAAUUCUGAUCUGUCUGCCUCCCAGGGUUCCCACUCUUGAAAUAAUUCAAGGAUUGGUUAUGGAGUAGUCCUAAUUGAACAAGAAACCAAACCUCUCAAAGACCACUGCAGAAACGCUGUAUUCUACUCACCAUCAAAAGGUUUGACAAAUUUUAUUUUUGGCACAAGUGAAAUUUUCACUCAGGCAAGAGUGCUAUUUAAGAAUAAGCUUCCCCAACCUAGCUGUGUGCAUGGUCAAUUAGGAAGUCCUAUUCUAGAGAAACCCCCUAGAAUUCUAGAGAAACCCCCUAGAAACCCCUCUAGAAUUCUAGGAAAAUUGCAUGAAUGAGUAAAUUCCCGUAACAGAUCUUUGUGCUUUUGUAGCCCCAAAAGAUACCUUAAAGUUUGUGCUUUGUGAUGUAUAAGUUAUCUUAGAAUAGGUGCUGCGUGGGAACACACUUGAGUUUUAAUGUGAACUCCAGUGCCAACUUUUCUAAUGCCUUGGGCCAGCUGUCUAAACCGUUUCUGAGUAAACUGGGAUAAAAAAUGGUCAUCCACCUCACCUAGGUGUUGUGAUGGGCUUUUGUUGUCGAAAUGGGAAAUAGAUCAGAGUUAAUAGUUUUCUUGUAGUUUGAAAAGGUUCAAGGUUAAAUUUGGGGAAUCACAAGCAAUGAUUUUUUCCCUUGAAAUUUUUUUUUUGUAACACUAGAGUGCAUAUAUGUGCCAAAGUUCCUGAAUAAUUAAAUUGUAGUAGAAACCAAUGUUAUGUGUUACCUGGUGGUUCAGCAUUGUGCUUUCAGGAUUUUUACAAUGCUAUAAUAUACUUCAAAUAUCUUCUUCAACUAAAUGGUAAUAUUACAACAAAUACUAACAGAUCGUGUUGGGUUUUUCUUUACCAUCAUCACACCUCUCUCCUGACCCUGCGCUGACUAAUCAGCUCAUGUCCCCCAGCAGCGGACUCGCGGUCUCAUACCUCUAUCAGUACUUUAAAAAUAAAUAAAUAAAUACCAUAAACUAUGUCUUGCACAUCUUCAUUCCCUUGUGACAAUGCACAUUGGCAGCAGUAAUCUUUUCCUUUAGAUCAGCUUGUUUGAAAUACGAGGGCACUUAAAAGGGAGGCCGCCUGGAAGGACACCAAUAAAAAUACCAGCUCAGCUUAAAACAAUUUGAUUUCAGCCCAAAAUGAAUUACCUUGCAACACAAACAGAUAAUGGCCAACAGGAUGUUCUACUUACCAAGAUUACUCCCUGCAGAGAGUCAGAACUCCGGGUUCAUUCGAAGCUCAUUGCCCUGUGAGGAUAAAAGAAUAUGGUCUCCCGAACAUUUAUGAGCUCGUUGGAAGAGGAAACGAACUGAGUAUCCGAUGACCACGCCUUGCUGAUUUCUGAGUGACAGCUCCCUUUUGACCUUCCAAUGCAAACAUUCCAUUAGUGUGGCUGUUAAAGGAAAUGGCCAUUCUGCCAGGGAAACCACCCACUAGCAUCCUUGUGUUUCCCAGAAGGUGGUGUCCAUGAUGAGCUUCCAGAAGUUUGCAAAGACAUAUAAGGAUGUCUUGUUGGUGCUUUUAUACGCAAUGUGAAAUGUUUUAGUGACAUGAUAUUCCUUUUCUAGAUAGUCAGGAAAUGGUUAUGUGGCAGACUUUUUAUUGGUAAUUCUUGUUUGCAGAGUAUAUAUGAACCACUUAAGUUUUGUGCAUUAGUGAACUGAGAAUUAUUCUGUCCUAAAGAAUGUCCAAAGAAAGCACAUGCCUUUUAUGGGAACCCCUUGGGGACGAAAAAAAAACAACAAUGUUCUAGCGUUUCAAAUAUUAUAACCAUGCUUAUAUCUUUCCAUACUGCAUUAAUACAGUUAAUGAUAGCCUUUCUCCCUUUUCUGGUGCAAAUUAAUUUGUGUAGUCUUGAUAAUUACCCUUAUAAUGUAGUCUCUAAGGGGUUAUUUACAAUAUUUGCAAAGAUUAUGGCAAUGUCAAGUUUAUCAUCUUGGUGGAAUUUAAGACAAAGAAUAAUGAUUAACAACUGCAAAGUUUGAAAUCUCCUAUGACUUGGUAUAAUGUUUUAUUCCACUUGUAAAACAAGUCACUCAUGUCACUAAAAAUUAAAUGCAAAUUUCCAAAA